CCUCCGUCAUUGUCAGCCUAUAAAAACACAAAUUCGCAGCGUCUCAAUCCCGUCCGCUGCCGUGCCUGCUCAACUGAAUGUGGAGGCCGUUUGCCUACAUGCUCUCUGGAUUCUAAAAUCCAUUUCUGCCACCUAGGGUUCUAUUAGGGAUUUCUUAAGCUAAAGUUUGAAUCUUUAAGGCGCAUGCGUUCAAAAGGAUGGAUUUUUCUCAGUUGCAGAGCUUCUCCACGUUGGAUUGUUAAUAGAUUUGGACUCGCAUUGGUCAUAUAAUAUGAUGGAAGAAAUCUUUGUCAGUGAUGCUGGGAAUAGAGUUGAGGAAGGUUUAAUGGAGGACUCUUCUUCCGCAUCUCGAAAUCUGGAGCAGGAAUUGGAGAAGGAUGAGUUUCAGAUUGAUAUGAAGGAAGAGAAGAAGGAGCUGCCUGGUACUAGAGUUCAAGGCCGUUUGAAGCAGGAG